AUGGAUAUUGCAGGUCUUAGCUUGAGAAGCUACGCCGCAUACGCCCGGCCCCAACAAGAAGAAAGCUUUAAUCCCUGGUUGGCAUCUGGACCAAUUGCGAUCCUCCAAGUCAUUCUGCGCCACGAGUCCCUGCCGCCUAUAUGGACCGCGUCCCUCGCCACGGAUGCUUCCCUCAGCCCAAAUUCCACAAACCAACUAUCUGCCCACGUACCCACUUGCACUACCAUGAGCAUCCUUUUCACUCGCCGCACCCCUCUUUUCGCGUUUCUUACUCUAAGCCUCCUCGUCGUCGUCAUCGCCAUGGCAUCCGCACCCACCGCCAGUCCAGUCAACCUUGCGGGCUAUCAAGCGCCGCUUCGUAACGAAAGUCUUCCAGAGGCGAUACCAGAGUGGUACAUCAUCGAAUUACGGCCAGGCCAUACCAUGGAACAGCACUCUGAGGCUGUUGGGACAGAUAUGAACAAAUAUCUGCACGUGAGCCUGGACCGCGUCUGGGUGGACCGUGUCGUCUAUGUUGGCGCGAACGUCGAUGACGAACUACUCGGCCGUGUUCGAAAGGAUCCUGGUGUGAGGGAAGUACGAUGCGAUACUAAGAUCAAAAUGGAAGAGGAGUAG